AUGGCAUCUGAAAUGCAAAACGAAAACCCCACGAUCCUCAACGCAGCCGAUCUUCCUACUCGACAAAAGACCAAAUCAAACCAGCAUUUAGACCAUGUUUUCGAUGGAACUAUAUUCUCAAGCAAUCUCUCUGUCAGCGAUUUAAAAGACCCAUUUGCGGCCGAAUUUUACGAGACAUCAGACACUGAUAGCGAGGAUGACAAUGUUUUGGAAGAACCCAUCGACGAGCAGGAAAUUUUUGAUCUUAUUUCAACGAUAUCGGACCCAGAGCACCCUAUAUCGCUUGGUUCGCUUGCCGUCGUCUCCCUUCCUGAUAUCGCAAUCACACCGUCCUUGCCAGAUAGCCCCUCUUCCCCCCUCCGUACAGUCACAGUCCUGAUCACCCCGACGAUAACGCACUGCAGCCUUGCAACAGUUAUAGGUCUCGGUGUACGCGUUCGGUUGGAGCAGUCGUUGCCGUCUCGCUUCCGUGUCGACGUCCGGAUCAAACAGGGAACGCAUAGCACCGCUGAAGAGGUGAAUAAACAGCUGGCCGACAAGGAGCGAGUAGCUGCGGCAUUAGAAAAUGGAACACUGAUGGGGGUUAUUGGGAAAAUGUUGGAAAACUGUCAAUAA